CUGAAGGUGCAUAUCAAAUUAAGUGGCAAAGUUGUUGUAUUGAUAAGAAUGGUUCUUAUUGGAGUUUACUGCCAUUGAACACUGGUUCUAUCUUCACAAUAAAAAAUAAACCUUGACGCACUCUUAUCAGGGACUUGUAUAAAAUUUUACACGAUGAUUAAUAACUUUCGGCGUGAAAACGGAGGAUCGUGGGAUAGCGGAGAACGGAGGAGAUGGCGAAUGGUGUGGUGCGCUUGGGAGCGGCGGCCGCGGUGGUCGUUGCGCUUGCGAUCGGAGCGAGCCGGAGGUAUGGAUGGGACGGGGAGGCGGCGCUGGCCGCUUUCCGGGGGAUCAAGGACCGGCUUGGCUUCUGGGCCAUUCCCAUCUAUGUGGGCGCUCACACCCUCACCCUCGCACUCUGUCUCCCAUCUGCCGUCUUCUUCGAGGCCGGCGCUUCCCUCCUCUUUGGUUUCCUCCCUGCUAUCCUUUGCGUCUUCGCUGCUAAAGUCCUUGGCGCUUCUCUCUCCUUCUGGAUUGGACGAGCUGUUUUUAGGAGUUCAAAAUCAGCAAUGGAGUGGGCAAAGAGAAGCAAGUAUUUUCAUCUGCUUGCUCGAGGAGUCGAACGAGAUGGAUGGAAAUUUGUGCUUCUCGCUCGCUUCUCACCCUUGCCCUCAUAUGUUAUAAACUACGCAAUGGCUGCCACGGAAGUUGGCUUUCUUAUUGAUUUCCUUCUUCCUACAGUUAUUGGUUGUUUGCCAAUGAUUCUGCAGAAUACCUCUAUUGGCAGUCUAGCCGGUGCAGCAGUAGCUUCCUCAUCAGGGCCUCAAAAAUCUAGGGUCUCUUCUUACCUUUUCCCUCUGCUAGGAAUUACAUCAAGUGUUAUCAUAUCAUUGAGGAUCAAAAAGUAUUCCUCUGAAUUUGUCAUGGAUGCGGAGCUUAAUUCCUCUUCUCCCAGUAAUGCAAUUGAUGCUGAUGACAAGCAUGUGGUAGAUUCAUCUAACAUUACAGGUAAUGAAAGGGCAAAAGAGAGAAAGUGAUUUUACUUGUCAUUUUUAGCUUAUCCUCAACUGACAUGAACUAAUAUAAUGUAACAAUGAUUACUUAAUGUCACUGGUCCAUGAUCAGUUUUACCCGCCCUUAGCCAUUUUAUUGUUAUUGUUUUGGCCUUCUUUGUUGUUAUUUGGAUGGUCCGUUGCGUGAUGGGAGGAGAUUUGGAAAGGAUGAAUGUAACUUUUUCUCUUUUUAUAAAUGGUUUGGUUGCU